CCGACAGGUCAGAUAGUUACCAUCUAUACUGACAGCGCAUAUGCCCACUCAACUAUUCAUAUAUUUGCCAGUCAAUGGGAAAAUAGAGGCAUGAUAACAUCAACGGGAAAACCUAUAAUGCAUGGUGAUUUAAUAAGAAAUCUAUUAAAGGCAAUACAACUACCAGCCAAAAUAGCCGUUUGUAAAUGCACUGCUCAUACUAACGCUAAAGACAGAGUGUCAAAAGGCAAUGCUAAAGCAGAUGAAGAAGCAAAAAGCGCUGCAAAGCGAUGUUACACUUAUCUCACUGACCCAGUGGACAGCACAUUCUUGAAAGAAAUGCAGGACAGCGCCCCCAAGUGUGAAAAAGACAAAUGGACUCUUAAAGGAGCAACUGUUAAUCCACAGGGUUAUUAUGUUUGACAAGAGGGGAAGCCAGUCCUACCAGCAUCCCUCUAUAAAUGGGCAGCAAUAUUAAGCCAUGGGCCUUGCCAUGUCUCAACGGGGGGAAUGGUAAGGAUAAUAAACAAAUACUAUACUACUUAUGGAUUUACAAAUUAUUCUAAAAAAUUUUGUUCCCGAUGCAUCAUAUGUGCUAAACAUAACCCUCAAGGAAAUAUUCGACAAACAAGAAGAACAUUCCCUAAAGCAGAAUAUCCAUUCCAAUAUUUACAUAUGGAUUUUAUAGAAUUAAAUAGAUGUCAAGGAAAAAAGUAUUGUCUGACAAUUAUAGAUCCUUUUUCUAAAUGGGUAGAAGUGUUUCCCACAACCACAAAUGAUGCACUAGCUGUUGCAAAAAUACUAGUACGAGACAUAAUACCUCGAUUUGGAAUACCAGAAAAGAUUUACAGUGAUAAUGGACCACAUUUUGUAAAUCAAGUCAUAUCCUCUAUUGCCAAACAAUUAAAUAUAGAUUUAAAAAACCAUUGUGCCUACCACCCUCAAAGUGCUGGGUUGGUGGAAAGAACUAAUGGCACAAUUAAAAGCAAAUUGAGAAAGGCCAUGACGGAGACCAAUAUGGAUUGGGUUUCUUGUCUUGAUUUAGUCAAACUCAGUAUGAGAAUCACACCUAACGAGACUGGUUUGUCACCUUUUGAAAUAGUAUAUGGAAGAGAGUAUAGAACACCUCAGUUCCCUGAUAUACCAACAGACUUACAAAUAGAAGGGGACAUAGUUGAUUAUAUGUCAAAGGUGUUAAAAAACCACCAGAAAUGUUUUUCUGAAAAUGCUUCUCAAGACAUGCCUUGCCCACAGGAGGGACCACUGCAGGUUGGUGACUGGGUGUUCACCAGAGUCAUAAAGCGCAAGAACUGGACCUCACCCCGGUGGGAAGGCCCGUAUAGAGUGACGGUGACAACACCUACAGCCUGCAAAGUCGAAGGCAUCUCCCGGUGGAUACACAACACACACUGCAAAAGACAACAGGUACAGGCAACCGAGUAGUAUUGUCCGUGAGAAAAACCCCAACCGAGGGAGGGGAAAAGUCUGCCUACAAAGGGGGUCAGCAGCAUUUAGAGCACUGGUCGUCUCAACGGCAGUGAAGAAACCAGCGGUACCUUCUCUCGCUUAGGGGGACAUUCUCAUAAGGAGAUACUAUGAGGGGACACUGUCCAGCCAUGGGAGUUGUACUAACUGCCCUUGUACUGUUGAUUGAUGCUAGGCCACUCCCUGACCUCAUCCAGGAUGAGGAGAGACCUCCUGACCAGUAUCACACUAACUCGUGGUAUCGUUACAUGAAGUUUCUUGCUAAACAGAGCACUCAUAAUUUUACUGAAAGUGGCUGUUAUGUGUGUGGAAACAUGCCAAAAUCUGUUGCGAACCCCGAUGUACAAAUUCAGCCUGUAGACCCACAGCGAGAGCAAUUAUAUCCAGACACUUUACGUUCACUGGUGUCACCUGAUGCUUUCUAUGCCUCUUUCCGAGGUCAAACAAAAGGGCUAGUUCCACGUCCUCCACCAUACCAGGGUCGUAAUUAUACACGGUUUUUGAGUGCCAACUUCUCCACAGACAUCUUAUUUGAUCAUGUUCCUUUUCCUCCUCAGUUCAAGGGACACUGUUUCCAGAGCAGCAGCUUUUCUCUUUUAAAGAAUAAGGAUUUAGCCAUCUCCGUAGGGGAAGUUCCCCUGAAACACUGCCAGACUGUGAAGAUGCCUUGCACUCGCAGUGCCACCCAUUUCAACACUUCUGAGGCACCAAAGGGGGUUCAGUGUGUCCCUUAUUAUGAUGGUCCUGAUUUCAUGGGGACUCUCCCACAGUCUGAUAUCAAUUAUGUUUGUGGGCACACAAUCUAUGUGCAUCUUCCACCCAAUUGGGUAGGACGCUGUGCCCCUGUUUAUGUUUCAGAUGGCUCCUACGUGAUAACACCACAGCAGAUGACUCACAAGGGACGGCUACGGAAGCGAGAGAUGGAUCUGAAGGAAAGUGAUCGGAUCUGGGGAUCAGACGUCCCCAUGGACAAGAAGCUCUGGACUACAGGCCAGAAAGUGGCACUAUCCCUAUUUCCAUGGUUGGGGGACCGCCUGGUGUUAGAUCUGCUCACUGCAAGCCAAGGUGGAGUGUGUGCAAUAGUGGGCCCCAAGUGCUGCACAUACAUUCCAGGAGACGACCAAGACGCAAAGGUCACCCAACAGGCACUCCGUGACCUACAGCACAUAUCCAAUGUGCAGGCGGCUGAUGUAGUGAAAGACAAAUCCUGGUUUGAUUGGUUUAGGUCUGGCACAUGGACUGACAUUCUGAUGAAGAUUUUUGGACCGAUUCUACUGAUUCUUUUGGUUCUGAUGCUGAUUGUGUUGUGCGUAAUUCCCUGUUUGAGGGCCAUGAUCAUCAGGCUGGUGAAUCAAGGCGUUCUCAGGGUGUGCGCAGUCAUGCACUCUCGGCAAAUACUCUAUACACCUUUGAAGCUCGAUAACUGUGAAGAGGAUCUCCACGAUGUCGACGGAAAUGGACGCUAAGCUGUACAUAUUGUGCUUCUGUGCUUUUGACCCUGCCUACGACGUUGCAACAUUUAUUUCAUGUUUUAUGAUGACUGCACUGAAAAUCGAAAGUUGUGCUGUUCUGAUGUAUGCAUGAUUGUUUAAUAAAUGUUUCAAUGUUAAACAGGAGGGAAAUGUUGGAGAAAUACUGCAUUUAAUCAUUGAAACAUUGUUGGAAUUUAUUUUGCUGAUCUGCUCAAGCCUUGUCAGCUGUGCUAUAGCCUUGAAGUUUUCUCCCUUCUGCUCUGCAAGAAAUAGGGAGUACCAGUGUGUAGCAUCCUUAUCUGAUGUGCCCAAUGCUUGCUUUGUGCAGAGAAUAUUUCCUACGUACUGUGUGACUAUGCACCUCCCAGAAUGCAAUACAUAUUAUGAGCUGAAUCCCUGUCUUCUCUUCAGUGAGAGGAAGUUGCCUUUGCUGUAAACUGCUCACUCCUUGCAAGUAAAAUCCUGAAGAAGGUC